AGCACUGGCUGUCUGGAGUGUACCAUCUGAGGCUUGCAUAGAAGGGAAACGACAACAAGCUAAUGCUGAAUUAUCAACCAGCAGGGAAGAUUAGGUGCUCAAAAUAAAGCCCGGGUGGGGCUGAUAAAUGGUGAUAUGACUUAAUUACAGAAUAAAUGCAGUCAAAGGCUGGCAGAAUUAAGCUUCUCCAUUUUUGUCAGCUCACAGAAAUACUUGACUACGAUCGACUUCUUAUAUCCCAGAGCUGCUAAGUCCGAGCCCGGUUGCAUGGCUCAGCUAUGAAGUUAUGAACAUGAGACGUACGUUAAUUUAGUUACAUCUAAUGAUGUCAGAUGUCUGCAUUUAAAAUGGCGGGGGUCAUUAUACACCCAUACUGAAUCCCCAACCCUUACCAGGGGUGUUUUCGCUGAGUGCAAUCAGUGUCCUCCUUCUCCUCCUCCAGUUUCACUUUGAAUGUCUGCUCGCAGCCGGCUCUGGCUUCUGAACACCACCACCUGCAGGUCUCCUUUCAAGUUACACACCAACGUGACCACCUAUGCUGUUCCAUUGUCACUCAGGUUGUUGAAAAGUGCCUUUACUGAAGAAUCUGCUGCUUGGAUUUCUAUCUCGGGCUGUUUUCCCCCUCUUUUGGCUUUACUUAAAGCAGCUUUGGAGACGACAAUUCACCCAUCCUUUAUGUUUUGCUGAGCGCCCAUUUUUUUUUCCCUUCCCUGCCUUUUCCAGGUUCAACAGCUAGUGUUUCCUCCCAUCUUUUUUUUUCUCUCUCUGCUUCGCUCCAUCUUCAUCUUUGGCUGUUUUACGAUCAGUUAAUGCGCGAUCUUGGGAACAGAAGCGAGAAAUCUUCACCUCCCUCUCCCCAAGAGAAGCAAAGCUUAACUGUAACCAGAAGCACGGACAGCAACAUAUGCUACGAGAGAAUUAAUCAGAACCAGUUACUGGAGAGAACGGAAUUUCACUGACAGGCUGCUGUCAUCUUUGAGCAAGUUCUUCCCUUGGCACAAAAGGCGAUACAUUUGUCUGCCAACGCACAUCGAAAGGGGCUAACCCGUUAAUCAAUGCCCGCCAGUUUGUGUGAUGAAUUCUUUUUAAUUUAAGAUUGGCUCUUUGACCAAUGUCAUGUAUCUGCACAGUGAUCUGACUAACUGAAAACCUAAGUGCUGAGAAGAAAAAAAAGGAAUAUAUUUUUUAACCAAAGGAACAAGUUUAUUUGUUGAGUUAUAAUUUUAACUUACUUUUAUACACUUUUUUCUAAAACUGGUACUGUUCUUGGGGGGGGUGGGGAGAAAAAAAAAGAUAAAGUGGGGGGAUUUUGUUACCCACAUAUCCUUUCAGUUUCCUAAUAUGGCUGUAAAUGUUUCAAUGAUCCGUGACACAAAAUGGCUGACUUUGGAAGUGUGUCGAGAAUAUCAGAGAGGAACAUGUUCUCGUUCCGAUGCAGAGUGCAAGUUUGCCCAUCCUUCACGCAGUUGCCACGUUGAAAAUGGCCGUGUCAUUGCCUGCUUUGAUUCACUGAAGGGGCGUUGCACUCGGGAAAACUGCAAGUACCUGCACCCGCCCCCGCACUUGAAAACACAGCUGGAGAUCAAUGGGCGGAACAACCUGAUCCAGCAGAAGACUGCAGCAGCCAUGCUGGCACAGCAGAUGCAGUUCAUGCUGCCUGGCACGCAACUGCAGCCCAUGACCACAUUUCCUGUAACUCCGUCUUUAGCUACAAAUCAUACAAUGGGUCUUAAUCCCUACCUGAGUCACAUGAGCCAUGGGAUGGGAUUGGUUCCAACAGAACUUCUACCAAACACACCAGUCCUGGUGUCUGGAAAUCCCACUGUUACAGUCCAAGGGAGCACAGCUUCACAAAAGCUAAUAAGAACAGACAAAUUAGAGGUUUGCAGGGAAUUUCAGCGUGGAAAUUGCACUCGGGGCGAGAACGACUGCCGCUACGCACACCCAAUGGAUAUGGGAAUGAUCGACUCAAAUGAAAACACAGUAACAGUUUGCAUGGAUUACAUCAAGGGCCGCUGCUCAAGGGAGAAGUGCAAGUACUUUCACCCGCCUGCACAUCUGCAAGCCAAAAUUAAGGCUGCCCAGCACCAGGUGAACCAGACUGCAGCCGCUGCCAUGGCUCUCCAGCCUGGUGCUCUCCAACCUUUACCAAAGAGGCCAGCACUUGAAAAAACCAAUGGUGCCACCACAGUGUUUAACCCCAGUGUUUUCCACUACCAACAGGCUCUAGCUAAUAUGCAGCUGCAACAACCAACAUUCAUCCCAACAGGCUCAGUGUUGUGCAUGACUCCCACUGCAAGUGUUGUACCCAUGAUGCACGGCGCUACGCCUACCACUGUGUCUGCAACAACAACACCUGCCACCAACGUUCCCUUCGCAGCAACAGCCAAUCAGAUGCCCAUUUUAUCAAUAGAUGAACUCAGUAGCAGCAUGUUUGUUACACAGAUGUAGACCUUACGAAUAGAACAGACGUCAGGCUGAAAUAAUGAACAGCAAUCUGGUGGAGUACCAGAACAUCUCCUCUGGGAGCUGCACAUGGCCUUUCUGUACAUACUCCCAUCACUUCCCUCCUACCACCUCCACAGUAAGCCUACCACAGCCUACAUGCUAACCAAAACCAAAAUGAUGGGAAUGUCAAGAAGAAAAACAAAAGCACUAUAAAAAUGUCAAGUAUAUUUACUUACUCCUGUUAGACACUACGUAUGUGUAGUAAUUAAAUGAGGUAUACUACUUCUUAUAUCUCAUUGCUGUAACACAUUUAUAAUCAAUUCAUGUUAAUAGUGAAAAGCAUUUUCAACGUAUGAAGACUGUUGGUUUAAUGUAUAUUAUCAAUGGAAAUUGUUUAUCCGUCUCAAUUUUUAUGUAAGAGUGUUAUCUUAACUGAAUGUUAAGUUUACAUCAGAAUAAAAAAAAUAGUUUUGUUUUUAAGGAAAUGUCUUUCGUGGAACAUAUUCCUCAAUAGCCUCCUAUUUGAUCAUGUUCCCUUUUAAGUCCUUAUUACAAAGAAAAAAAUGAAUGUCAUUGAGAAACAGGACAAAAAUAAUUGAACUAGAGAGUGAGCCUGCCUUUAUCUGUGUAUCCCCUUUCCAAUUAUGCCUUGUCUACGUAACAUCAAAUUUUAUAAACUUAUAGUACAGCCAGAUUUAAUGGACAUGUUUUGUAUAGCAAUAUUUUCAGUGUAAAUAUUGAUGCAUGCUUCACUACUACACAUUAGCUAGUUAUGAUCAGGGACAUUGUGCAGUACUCAACCAUAUAAAUACUUUGUUCAAAAUCUUACAACAACUUAUAUUAGUACUAUCUGUGUGGACAUAUUAAAAAACAAUUCAACUGAUAUUUGAGUGGCAGAUAUGCGCUGGUCAAUCUGUAAUGUUGACGAGUCAUUGUAACAGCCAACAUCAGAGAAAAGACUGGCAUUUCUGCUAAUGGCAUGCUUUCUAUUGCAAACAUUUUCGUCCUGUUUUUCCUCCUGAACUGUUGUGAUGAAAUAGGCCUGGCUAUUGUGGAAUAGCCUUGCAUGUGUUUGUGUAUAAACUCAUUAUAUAGCUGGUCAGAACUACUUCCUUUUCAUUGUGUUCCAGUGCCUCAGAGAGAGCCAGGUGAGUGUCACUAGCCUGAAUGAAUGUCGUGUACUGACAUGAUUAAAAAGGGCCCUGGUUCUUUGAAGCUAAAACAAAAUAACUUGGCCCAAUCAUUUCCGUGAUUUGCCAUCGAGGUAUGGGGAGUUGUUUUUCACUGUGAUAGACCCUAGAGGAGAGUUUUCACCUGGCUGCCUUGGGCCCUACACAUGCUUUGACGGCAUUGGCUAGGAGUGCAGGAAUAAUAAACAGUGCGCAGUAAUGGGAUUUCAAUUAUAAUGGAUGCUCCACAUUCUUCUGCUUUAUUGGGUGAGUUGGAGAGCUGUUGGGAAAGACCUAGGUUAACACGUGUAAAGAUCUGGAAGCCAGUGAGGCAGUGGACCCAUCCGGAGUCAGAUAAAACUGACACUGGCUGAGGCAAUUCACGUGCUCUCCAUUUUGGUCCUUCCUUGUGAUCCAUGUAUCUGGGUUAACUAGGCCAAGUCCUGUUACAUUGUGUAAUGUCCAAGGCAACGCCAUUAAAAGUCGGGUAUGUGCAAAACCUAUUUUGGAUCACUACUGCAAAUGUAAACCAGUGGUUUUACUAGUGUAUUAAUACAGGGAGGAGGAAGGUGCUGUCUGAAUGUUAAGAAGUAGGUAACUGGAACAAGUUCAUUAAUUCCAAUGGAAAAUUCAGGCUUGGGUUGAUAACCAGCAAGUAACAUUCAAACCACACAAGUGCCAGGCAUGUCCAACAUCUAACCACCUCCCCUACACAUUCAACGCUCAUUACCAAAUCUGACCCAUAAAUGUCCUGGAGGGGAGGGGGUCACCUUUACUAGGGCUACCCCAAAUAAAAACAAUGGCUACAAAAAUAGAGCAGUGUUCACUGAGCAACUUCUCAUCUGACUCUCCAAAGCCUUUCCACCAACUACCAAUCAUAAGUUGAGAGGCUAAUGGGAAAGACUUUCCCUGGGUGAGUUUGCUCCCACACUUAAAAAGCUCAACACUAUCCACUAUUGGCUCCCCAUCCACCACCCGAAACAUUAACUCUCUCCAACGACGCACGGUGGCUGCAGAGUGCACCAUCAAACUCAGAAGGACAAGGGCAGCAGGAGCAAUGGGAACACCAUCAACUGCAUGUUCCCCUCCCAAUCACACCCUAUCCUGUUUUGAACAUUGUCAUUGGGACAAAUCCCGAAACUCCCCACCAGAUUAAUCACACACACUUUAAAUGUGUGGAUCAACAUCACUUCCUCAAGGGCAUAUAGCAUUUGGUAAUAAAUGCUGGUCUUGCCAGCGACAACCACAUCUCUUAAUUGAAUAUUAUAUAAAGAACAAUCCUUUGAACUGGCUUGUACAUAAAACUAUCAAACCUUCAUUCACACUGCCAAUUCCCCAGCCCAAAUGCAGGAGGAUGUAAAUUUGGAAAUUUAAAUAACUUAUCGUCUCAAAAAAAGGAAGGCCAGAGGUUCUCGUUAAUAAGGACUAUGGAGAUACUUAGAGUAGUUUCGUGAGAUGCCACAGAUGUUUUAAUAUCGCUGGCAGAUUACAAAAAGAGAGAUUUAAAAGGAACAUAAGUUCAAGUCACUAGUGUCGCCAAAUAAAAAGGAAAAUGUGCAAAAAAAUGCCACUUUUAAAGCCGCACUACUAAGAAAAACAAUAUUAAAUGUGCAAUCAGUUAUUCCAGUGAUUUAAAUAAAAAAAAGGAAGUCGCUAGACUAUAAAAGUCAUUAGCUCAUGUACAUUCUUCAUUAUAGUCACAUUGUCUGAAAGUGACUCUAAAUAAAAAGUUCCUGCUUCAAGGAAUCAUUUCUUUGUAUCACAUAAAUGGAUGGGCUGUUCUCUGGUGCGAGUUACCAUUAGUUUCAGUCCCCAUUGACUUUCAAGUCACCUAUCACUGAAACAUCUCUUUCACAUUAUCCAGAGUUUUGUUUUUCUUUUGUUUAGUUCUCUCAGCCUUAUGCAAAUGAUAUGCAAGAAAUCCUGAGUCUUGGAUAAAACGGGUCACACAAGGAAAAAUGGGAAGAAGAGGGUCGAGGACAGAAACAGGGAAUUUUCUAGAUAGACUGGAUAAAGAUAUUAACCUUCACCACAAGCGCACCACAAAGCUAGGUUAAUGACAGUAAUUAGAAUAGUGCUUUGAAGCCACUGAAAUGGUUAUAUUAAUUGGGAAAGUCAUUGUUACCAGCCAUAUGUUCCAUUAACUACUUGGGAAUUUUAGUUCAUGUAGUUUGCUGCGACUGUUGGUGAAUCUGACAGGACUGUAUAGUACUAAAUUACUUCACUCUUGUGUGUUUCACAGUAAUGUAUGCUGAGAAUGAAACAUCUAUGGAGAAAAGUUCCAUUCCUCUCAGAAGGAUCAGCAAGAUAAUGACAUAAUUAAACUGUGUGCCUGUUAUAGGCCUUAGAUGCUAUAAUGGUUUAAAAUGAUAUAAUCUUUAGAAGUUUGAGCCAAUAAUCUCAAUGUAAGUACAUAACAGCACACAAUAUAGUAUCAGUGAUAAGACUCAAAUCUAAAUUUUUCACUUUCUAACCCUGAUUGCUGUAGUUUCUUGACUUUUUACGUUGAUUGCUUAGUUUUAAUUGCAGUCAGUUAGGAACUAACAAUUUAAAUCUGAGGGACUGUUAAAAGAAGUUUGGUUUUAACAUUUCUAUUUGAAAACAUUUAUUAAUUCAUUAAAAGUCAUUUAUUUUAAUGCUAACCUUCACUGGGAUAUGGUAAAAAUUUAAUACAAUACAUACCUAGUUUAUGUAGUUUACAUUUUAGAACAAAAUUAACUUUGUAUGUAACUCUUACAAUGAUAGAUUCAUUGUUAACUAAUUAUGAUAUUGAGUUGUUGCUAUGGCAACAAAACUACAACAUGGCUACCUUUGUAUAAAUUAUUUGUGAAUUUUCACUUGUAAUUUUAAAAAAAUGUACAUCGGCAUGAACUUAAAAAAGGUACAGUUAGACACACUCAGGCGAAGAUAAAUGAUAUCCUUUGACUAUCUUGAAUACCCAAAGUUCCACUCAAAACGUACAUGACCUGAAUCUGUGUCUGUACAUUUUAUUUCUCAGUCAAGGAGGUUUACAACACAUUGAGGUAGAACCGGGUUUUAUAACUAGAAAGUGUGGUAUGGUGUUGUAAAAAAAAUCUGAAAAAUCUGAGAUUGCUGCAGUUUAACUGAUUUGACCUGUUAGUGUGUGAUUGUGUGUGACACAUCUUUUUUUUGCACUUAUGUACAUAGUUAUUGAAAGAAAAAAUUCAGAUCUUAUUUUGAAUAAAAAAAGGAUUGUGUUAAAUACGGGAAAGUUUGUUACGGUAAAUAAGUUUGGCAUUGCUAAAGGUUUGGGGGAAAAUAAAGGAAAGGAGGAAUGGUUUUUGCUAUAAACACUUAUCCGCAAGCAUGACGGCGCUGUGCUGUUAAGAAAAGCUUUGUAGUUCUGCCAUAGCUUUACUGUGUAAUGAACGGUUCGAGAGGCUGAAACCAAGCCCUCAGCAGCCUGAUAUUAUCCUACUGUUGAAAUACUCUAAACUGUAAAACAAAGAGAAAUUAGCCAUCAUCACACAAAAUAAACAGAAAACAAAACAAGUCAUGUUACACUGAUCUGAAAGGUCCAAGUUCUACAAUACUGUACACAGACGCACUCUGACGGUGGAAGCCUGAUUUUGUUGCCAUGGCUGCUUUUUGGUAGCAGCUGAGGGAUGAGAGACUCUGUUCCAGGGUCACCGUGAGCAUCUGUAAAGGGGAACCUGUGCGGUUGUUCAUUUAAGGCGCAUUUGUCACUUUUAUCCUGCGCCAGAGGGACUUUUUUGUUUUGCAUCUGAAACUCCAAUUUAUUUGAAAUUUCUGAUAUAUGUGUGUGUGCGUGUGUGUGUGUGUGUGUGUGUGUGUGUGUGUGUGUGUGAGAGAGAGAGAGAGAGAGAGAGAGAGAGAGAGAGAGAGAAAGAAAGGUUGUUUCUGUGACGGGUCGGAAUGUGACUACAACCUCGCACUUUAUUUAAUACCACUCCUCCCCACGUUUCACAGCCCAGAUCACAUGAACUGACUCACACCUUGCUGUGAAUGUAAUAUUUCCCCUUCAAAGCAAAGGUCCCCAAAUCGCACAGAAGUUGAAGCUGUUCAUUCCCUCAACUGCUACAAGCAAGACAGUAGCUUUGAAUUUCUUUUCUCUUUAGAUUGCUGCCAGAUUAGCUCGCUAUAGUGCUUGUAUGUGCUUUAGAUAAAAUGUGCUGUAUGCUACAUAUUUCAGUAUUUUACCUUUUGCCAUUGAUUAAUUUCUGACCUUUUAAAAAAAUAAAGUGCUUAAAAUGG